AUGAAGCUGAAAAUAGAGUCCUACAAUGCUGUGGCGUACUGGAAAUGGGACGUCUCGACCGAACCACACAAGUUGUACCAUGCCGCCUCUGCCGACGGAGGAGGCAUCAUGGACGACGACGACGACGAUGAAGAGGUUUGUGGUAUCUGCCAAGCACCGUUUGAGAGCACCUGCCCUGACUGCAAGGUCCCGGGAGAUGACUGUCCUCUCAUUUGGGGUGAAUGUACCCAUGUGUUCCAUAUGCACUGUCUCCUGAAAUGGAUCGGGCAGAAGGAGGAUGAAUCACAACAGCAAUGCCCGAUGGACAGAAGGCCUUGGGUCACUGCAGACCAAAAGCCCGAGAGACCGGCGGCUAAUGCUGAUCAGUCCACCACCACCAAUGAGUCUACCCAUAUAUUGAAUACGAUAGAGUCGGAUGCAGAGAAGGAAGAACAAUCUCUCAAUAAGUCUAUAGAAGAGGGAAUUGAUAAUGACAGUAUGGACGUAGAGUAG